GUGGCUUUGGGUCUGGAAAAGAUCUUGGCAUCGGUUUCGGUUUCGGUUUCGGUUUCGCUUCGGUUUGGUCCCGACUCGUUUUAGCGGCCAAAUCAGUUCGUUGGCGCGUUCACACCGAUCGAGUCGUGUGAAACGCACAGGAAUCGGUUUUUCUAUCCCCAUUUCCGUGGCCAAGAUAGGCUCGUCGCUGUGCUAUUCGGGUCAAUGCUGUGCUCUGCAUUGCCAACGUUAUGCUAAUUACCGAAAGGAUACAAAUCAUAGCAUACAUCAUCGGUUACAAUCUCUUUGGCAAGGCUCCGUCGCAGUCGUCCACUCGCUGGUGAUAAAUUCCUCGCCCAGCGGGCACUCACAUCCGAGAGAUUCAGCCAGGAGAAUUUAGAUAGAGCAACCCACACACCCACAUAUAUACAAAUAUAUUUAUUAUAUACUCGUGUCAAUCAACAAAUUCGCAAAACGUGCCAAAUAUAAUUUAAACCUAUUUAUUUUGUUUAACAAAGAGCUAAUAAGUCUAACUAUAUAAAUUAGUAAGUCGUUUAAUUUAAAACAAAUAAGAGAACCUCAUAAGAAAGUUGCCGCAGGAGCAGCCCUCUGCUUCAGCAUGAAGAAGCAAUCAAUGCUGUUUAGUUUAAUUCUAUGGUGCCUUUGUGCCCCCAGUCUUAGCCUCCGUAUCCCCGAAGACCUCGAGAAUGCCUCCAUCAAUGCUCUGCGCUCCGAGCGUGCCCGCUCCCUGACUCCAUGCGACUCCUCCUCCACGUCGGAGGGCAGUGUGGCCAACGAGUACGACGUGUGCCCUCCGAGCAAGUACCGCCAGCCCACCGCCGAGUGCAACAAUGUGUCGCACAGGAAGUGGGGCGCCCGCGGCGACAUCUUCCAGCGCCUGCUGCCGGCCGACUACGCCGACGGAGUAAGCCAGCCGAGGAGCUCGCGGGGCACCCACGCCCUGCCCGACGCCGAGCUGGUCAUCGAGCAGCUGCAGCGCCAUGUGGAGAGCGAGCUGCGACAUCCCCACAUCACUGCCAUGCUGCCCGCCUGGGGCCAGCUGCUGGCCAACGACCUGGUUGAGGUGGGGCAGCUGCCGAUCUCGGGCAGGUGCUGCGAACGCGACUCCGCCGUCAAGGAUCCCAGCGAGCUGCAGCAGUGCUUCGUUCGGGCGGGACCCGACUGCAAGGAGUACAAGCGAUCCGCGCCCGGAUUCGAUGCCGAGGCCUGCCAGAAACACACUCGCCAGCAGAUGAACAUCGCUUCGGCCUACAUCGAUGGCUCCGGACUCUACGGCUCCACGCGUCACGAGUUCGACCAGCUGCGCACCUACAUCAGUGGCGGCGUCAAGGUGGAGUCCUGCAAGUUCUGCCAGGCGGCCGGCGCCACCGGAGCUCUGCAUCGCGCCCUGCUGCAGCAGCACAACAACAUUGGCGAGCAGUUGGCCCACAUUAACCCCGAGUGGUCCGAGGAGGACGUGUUCCUGGAGGCCAGGCGCAUCAUCACGGCCACCAUCCAGCACAUCACCUACAACGAGUUCCUGCCCCUGGUUCUGGGCCAGGAGACCACCACCGCCAAGGAAGGCCUGCGCCUCACCGCCGAGAAGCAUGCCAGCAACUACUCCAGCUCCGAGGGAGGAAUCUACAACGAGUUCGCCACCGCCGCCAUGCCCGCCUUCUGGAGCAUGUACCCGCCCGAGAUGCUGGCCAAGAAGAUGUCCGCCCACGAGCUCCUCUCCAUUCCCGCCCUGCAGAAGUCCCUGGUUCCCAGCCAGAUCAAUGCCGAGGGUUGGUCCGAGCUGGCUCUGGCCGUUCACCGGGGUCGGGAUCACGGCGUGGCCUCCUAUGUCCACGCUCUGGACCUCUGCGACCGCCGUUUCGCUGAUCACGGCGCCUCCAAUGUCAGCUUCGAUGCACUCAGUCAGCUGUCCAAGAUCCCCGAGGAGUACAUCACCAACCUGCGUGAAAUUUACCAAAACGCUGAGGACAUCGAUCUGCUGGUGGGCGCCCUUCUCGAGGAGCCUGUGAUAGGCGCUCUCUUCGGACCCACCAUUAGCUGCCUGCUGACCCUGCAGUUCGAGCAGUUGAAGCAGACGGAUCGCUUCUGGUACGAGAAUGAGAUUCCGCCCUCAUCCUUCACUCUCGAGCAGCUGAAGAGCAUUCGCCAGACCUCGCUGUCUGGACUACUGUGCGGCUCCCAUCAAGUGAGCACCGCCCAGUCCAAGGCCUUCAUUCUGGAGGAUAACUACUUGAACUCUGUUUUGGACUGCGAGCAGCUGCCAAAGUUCGAUCUGAAGGCCUGGCAGGUGAACCCCGAGGAUGAGGUGCAUGUGGAGCAUGUGGAGGUGGAGCCAGCCACCAAGGAGGCCAUUGCCGAGCUGAGUCCCGAACUGAUCGAGGCCGCUGUGGAGCGGGCCAAGCAGGAACUGGAGGAGCGCAAGCGUUUCGAAUACGAAGUAUGGCGCACAAAGGGUGGCAUCAGUGCCCGCUCCCCUGAUGGCACAGCCGCCUCCUUUAGCAAGGCCAACUUGGCUGCCCUGAACCUGGCCAACUCCUCGCUGAUCUUCGAGCUGACCUCCAAUGAGAUUGUGAAGACCCUGAACCAUAUUACGCGGCGCAAGCGUCAGAUCUUCAAUCCCAACCAGAAUGCAUUCAAUCGCAACGAACUGACCGACACCCUGCAGACAGUGGACAUCAGUGGCCUGCUCGGCGGAGCCCAGAAGCCACAGGACGGAUGUCCAGAGCCCAACACCGCCUGCGAUGCCAACUCCCCCUUCCGCACGCUCUCGGGCAGGUGCAACAAUCUGAGGAAUCCCAACUGGGGCAAGUCGCUGACCACCUUCUCCCGCCUGCUGCCCGCCCAGUACGAGGAUGGAAUCUCGGCGCCUAGGGUCACCGGGGUGACGGGAACACAGCUGCCCAACCCGAGGACCAUCUCGACCACGAUCCACCCGGAUAUUUCCAACCUGCACACCCGCUACUCCCUGAUGGUGAUGCAGUUCGCCCAGUUCGUCGACCACGAUCUGACCCUCACGCCGAUCCACAAGGGCUUCCACGAGUCCAUUCCCAGCUGCCGUGCCUGCAACUCCCGCCAGACGGUGCAUCCCGAGUGCAAUCCGUUCCCGGUGCCCGCCGGCGACUUCUACUAUCCGGAGGUGAACGUGACCAGCGGGGAGCGCUUCUGCUUCCCGUCGAUGAGAUCCCUGCCGGGCCAGCAGUCGCUGGGACCGCGUGACCAGAUCAACCAGAACACCCACUUCCUUGACGGCUCCAUGGUCUAUGGAGAGACGACGUGCCUCUCGAACAAGUUGCGUGGCUUCUCUGGACGCAUGAACAGCACCCAGCUGAGAGGCAAGGAGCUGCUUCCGCUGGGACCCCACCCCGAGUGCAAGUCCCGCAACGGUCUGUGCUUCCUGGGCGGCGAUGACCGCGCCUCCGAGCAGCCAGGUCUCACCGCCAUCCACACUGCCUUCCUGCGCGAGCACAACCGGAUCGUCGAGGGACUGCGCGGCGUGAACCCCCACUGGAACGGGGAGCAGCUCUUCCACCAUGCUCGCAAGAUCGUUAGCGCCCAGGUGCAGCACAUUGUCUUCAACGAGUUCCUGCCCCGCAUCCUCAGCUGGAAUGCCGUCAAUCUGUAUGGGCUGAAACUGCUGCCCCAAGGCUACUACAAGGACUACAAUCCGUCUUGCUCGCCCAUUGUGUUCAAUGAGUUUGCCGCCGCCGCCUUCCGCAUCGGCCACUCCCUGCUCCGUCCGCACAUUCCCCGCCUGAGUGUCCAGCACCAGCCGGUGGAUCCUCCACUGCUGCUCCGCGAUGGCUUCUUCCGGAUGGACAACCUACUGCAGCCCGGCAUCAUCGACGAGAUCCUGCGCGGGUUGGUGGCCACGCCCAUGGAGACCUUGGAUCAGUUCAUUACCGGCGAGGUGACCAACCAUCUGUUUGAGGACCGCAAGAUCCCCUUCUCGGGCAUCGAUCUAAUCGCUCUGAAUAUCCAGAGAGCUCGUGACCACGGUAUUCCCUCUUACAAUAACUACCGCGCCCUCUGCAACCUCAAACGCGCCACUAACUGGAACGACCUGAGCCGCGAGAUCCCCACCGAGGUGAUCAACCGCUUCCAGAAGGUCUAUGCCAGCGUCGAUGACAUCGACCUCUUCCCGGGCGCCAUGACCGAGCGUCCGCUGCAGGGCGGCCUGGUGGGUCCCACCCUGGCCUGCAUCAUCGGCAUCCAGUUCCGGCAGCUGCGCAAGUGCGAUCGCUUCUGGUACGAGAACCAGAACCCGGAGGUCAAGUUCACCGAGGCUCAGCUGGCUGAGAUCCGCAAGGUGACCCUGGCCAAGAUCGUGUGCGAGAACCUGGAGAUUACCGGAGACAUGCAGCGAGCUGCCUUCGAUUUGCCCAGCAACUUCCUGAACCCCCGAGUGCCCUGCGCCUCGAUGCCCCAAAUUGACCUGAACGCCUGGCGCGAGAAUGUCCAGGGCUGCCAAAUUGGCAACCGCAACGUCCGCGUGGGAGACUCUGCCUUCCCUUCGCCCUGCACCAGCUGUGUGUGCUCCGCCGAUGGGGCCCAGUGCGCCUCACUGCGCAUCACCGACUGCGGCCAGCUGAUCCGCCAGUGGCCCAAGGAGGCGAUCCUACGCGACGAGGUGUGCAACUCACAGUGCGGCAUCUACCUGACCGGCCAGCAGGCCAGCGGCUUCAAUCCCCAGCAGCGUCAGGGCCAGGCCCAGCCCCGCGUGACCCGAUCCCGCAACCAGAACCUCUUCAAGUUCCCCGACCUGACACCCUUCAUCGCCUCCCUGUAAACGAAACAGAAAUCAGGCUAUAACCCAUGGAUGAGCAGGAACAUACGUUUCUUUGAUGUUUAAUGCUUACCUAAAGACUUGUCCAACGCACGAUCGAGAUCUUUAUUGCUCUCGGUCGAAACUCGAAACUCAACUCUCGGCCCUGUCACCAUCAGGCGUUAGCUAUCGCCGCCUAGUUAAAUUCUGUCUAAGGUUUUCCAAAAAGCCUUUGUAAAGCAUAGGAUAAGCGAUUCCAGACAACUAAUAAUGCUAUAUUAAAACUAAACAUAUCACUGUACGAUUACUACAUAUCGAUUUAUGUAUGUCUAAUAAACAUUACCAUUUA